AUGCAGAAAGAGGAUGAGACUCCAGCGCCCUGUGUACAACUGUGUCCUCCGAAAGACAGGGGAAUGAGAAAGCCUUCAGACAUGAGUCCGCGCCGCCUGUCAGAUAUCAGUCCUCAGAUCAGACAGCUGAAAUCCCUCGUCAUUACUGAUGAAGAUCUAAGUGAAGAAUUGAAGUCAUCGAGAUCGGUCGAGUACAUCAACAACACAUCCAUAGAAGAGCGGAUCCUGAGGAUCACUGGUUACUAUUGCUAUGAGCCCUGGAACGCAUCUCUUAGAGGGGAGGACCAGUCCAACAGCGAGAAGGUGGAAGUGAAGGUAGAUGGCCAUUCUGCCACAGAAACAGUCAAAUCAGAUUGUGGGAACAGGCUGCAGAGGCUCCGCUGCUGUUUGCAUAUGACUGCAGUCCACCUGCACAGAGCACUGUGGGGUGUCGCUUUGGUGAUCUGCAUCUGCUUUUCUUGGUCGGGCUGCACUCAGUUGGCCAAAAUAACCAUUAGACGCUUGAAUGUCCCGUUCACCCUCACUUGGUUCUGCUGUAGUCGUGCCUUUGUCUUCCUUAUAUCCUGGAUUGUCCUGCGGGAUCGCUUCAUGGGAGUGCGGAUUGUAGCAGCCAUUUUAGCCAUUGGGGGCAUUGUUAUGAUGACAUAUGCUGAUGGUUUCCACAGCUACUCUGUGAUUGGCAUCUCCCUUGUGGUUGGUUCUGCAUUAACAGCAGCUAUAUACAAAGUUCUGUUCAAGCUUGUUCUGGGUAGUGCAAAGCUGGGUGAAGCAGCUGUGUAUCUUACUGUUCUCGGUGGAGCUAAUUUGGUCUUCAUUAGUGCUGUACCUCUGAUGCUGCUUAUCACGGGGGCCGAGGACUUUGUUUCACCUAGAGAUUUGCCAUGGCCAAGUAUCUGUGGCAUGUCCGCUCUUCUGCUGGUGUUCAACUUCCUCUUGAAUUUUGGUGUUCUGAUAAAACUUCCUACUCUGAUUUCUCUGGGUGUCAUCCUGAGUGUUCCUGUCAACGCUGUCAUAGAUCGCUACAUGUGUGAGAUCCAGCUCAACAGUGUACGCAUCAUUGCCGUGUCCAUCAUUUGUAUGGGCUUCCUUUUGCUCUUACUACCUGAGGACUGGGACCAGUUCCUGCCACAGUUACGAUCAAUGCUGCACAACCGAGAAGAGCCACAAGAGAGCGCCAGAGACAAACACUCAGAGACGCUUCACAUCAGGCUGAGAGAGGCCAAGAACUGCAACACCAAAACUACUCCCAGCCUCCACUGA